AUGGUCGAGGCCAUACAGCCCAUUGUACGAGGACAGGAAAUCCCCGCCGCCGAUCUCGCGCUGCGGUGGGAUUCCUGCUUCGAGACCACCGCCAUGGAGUACGAGCGGGGCCGGCUUCCGGAUUCCUCCCUCCGCGCCCACAUCUUCCCCGUCGUGGACAGUAUCCUGGAGCGGACGCGGCGGCUCUGCGCCUUAGUCCCUGCGGAAGUUGCCCUGGAAAUUCAUUUCCGCUACGCGGACUGUCAGCACGCGCACUUUGUCGAGUUGGAGGCGGGCAAGGAUACAAGGCUCUAUCUCGGGGUGGUGCAUUGUCAACCACGCGGAAGCGAGGCGCAGAAGAUCAAUGCGGCCCAGUCAGUCGUGAUGGACUUGUGGGGUGGGGAGUGA